CAGGGAGUCGUGGGCCGCGCGGCUGUGAGUUUCUUCCUGGGCCCCGGCGCGCCGCUCGCCAGCAUGAGCUACGACCGCGGCCAUCACCGUCUUCUCGGCCCGACGGCCACCCUCUUCCAAGUGGAGUACGCGCAGGAGGCGGUGAAGAAGGGCUCGACCGCGGUUGGCGUUCGAGGAAAAGACAUUGUUGUUCUUGGUGUGGAAAAGAAGUCGGUGGCCAAACUGCAGGAUGAGAGGACAGUGCGGAAGAUCUGUGCCCUGGACGACAACGUCUGCAUGGCGUUCGCAGGCCUUACCGCCGAUGCGAGGAUAGUCAUCAACAGGGCACGGGUGGAGUGCCAGAGCCACCGGCUGACGGUGGAGGACCCGGUCACCGUGGAGUACAUCACCCGCUACAUCGCCAGCCUGAAGCAGCGCUACACGCAGAGCAAUGGGCGCAGGCCGUUUGGCAUCUCAGCCCUUAUUGUGGGUUUCGACUUUGAUGGCACCCCCAGACUCUACCAGACUGACCCGUCGGGCACAUAUCACGCCUGGAAGGCCAAUGCCAUAGGCCGGGGCGCCAAGUCAGUGCGUGAGUUUCUGGAGAAGAAUUACACUGACGAAGCCAUCGAGACAGACGAUCUGACCAUCAAGCUGGUGAUCAAGGCCCUCCUGGAAGUGGUUCAGUCGGGCGGCAAAAACAUCGAACUGGCUGUCAUGAGGCGGGACCAGCCCCUCAAGAUUUUAAAUCCUGAAGAAAUCGAGAAAUAUGUGGCUGAAAUUGAAAAAGAGAAAGAAGAAAAUGAAAAGAAGAAACAAAAGAAAGCAUCAUGAUCAAUCAAAUUCUGCUGGGAGCAAUUUUUAAAUGCAAAUCAUGCGUGAUGUGAGAACCAAUGGAUGUUCAGGCGCUGACAUUCCAUUGUCUGUGUCCUACAAUAAACUUCCAUGUUUUUAACCUC